AUGGCCAAAUAUCAAGGUGAAGUUCAGAGUUUGAAACUGGAUGAUGAUUCAGUCAUAGAAGGAGUAAGUGACCAGGUGCUUGUGGCGGUUGUGGUCAGUUUCGCUUUGAUUGCUACCCUGGUAUAUGCACUUUUCAGAAAUGCACAUCAAAAUAUUCACCCAGAAAACCAAGAGCUAGUGAGGGUGCUUCGGGAACAGCUUCAAACAGAACAGGAUGCGCCUGCUGCCGCCCGACAGCAGUUCUACACUGACAUGUACUGUCCGAUCUGUUUGCACCAAGCUUCCCUCCCUGUGGAGACCAACUGCGGACAUCUCUUUUGCGGUACCUGCAUUGUUGCAUACUGGAGAUACGGUUCGUGGCUUGGGGCGAUCAGUUGUCCCAUCUGUAGACAAACGGUGACCUUACUGCUCCCAGUAUUUGGUGAAGAUGACCAGUCUCAGGAUCUUGUCUCAUUGCAUCAGGAUAUCAGUGAUUAUAACCGGAGAUUCUCAGGGCAGCCCAGAUCUAUUAUGGAAAGAAUUAUGGACCUCCCCACUUUACUGAGGCAUGCAUUCAGAGAGAUGUUUUCAGUCGGGGGCCUUUUCUGGAUGUUCCGUAUCAGGAUAAUACUUUGUUUGAUGGGAGCGUUUUUCUAUCUUAUAUCACCUCUAGAUUUUGUACCUGAAGCCUUGUUUGGAAUUCUCGGCUUUCUCGAUGAUUUCUUUGUCAUCUUUUUGUUGCUCAUCUACAUCUCUAUUAUGUAUCGAGAAGUAAUAACACAGAGACUAAACAGAUGA